GAAUGUUAAUUCUUCACAAGUUAUUGUUAUACAUAUCAAAUUAACAAUGAUACUCGUACGGACAUCUAAAUCAAAAUAACCGUCGAUCGCACGCACUUCAAUUUUUCAUAAAAACAAAUCGUUGAACGUAAAACAAUAUACCUCAGUAUCAUUAAGGAAGUGUAAGUGAACAUGCUAAACAAUGAGGAAAUGGCAAAGCACGCUAUGCUAUGUGGCAGUGUUGAUAUUGUCCGGUGAGAACAGCCGUCCCGGUCAAAGAUCGUUAUUGCCCGGGCGGAAUGUGCUGAACAUCAUCCCGGACCUGCUCGGGAAGACCACGGAGGAAAUCACCACGAAUCACAGAGGCUUCAGUGAGGAGCUGGACUCCACUGGAGUCUACUUUGCGGAGUCGGAUCAAAUAAGUUAUGACCGCGGCCCCGAACCCCCCUACUUGUAUCCAGUGCAGUACGCAGGAGCGCCACGUGACCUUGUGGUCUACCCGCUGCCACUCGAAGAUUCUGACCAUGAACUCAAGUUCAAUGUGUCGUGGAGCCAAUCUGAAGGUCCGCCUGCCCGCGACUUCUCCAUAGAAAUCCGAAGUAUGACAGACACCAUAGACUGCAAAACUCCUAUGUGCUACGAAUACAAUAUACCGGGGGAUACCGAAUGGUGGGUCUUCCCCGCCUUCUCCAGCCACGUUGCCGAGACCUGCGCUGUGAGACCAGGAUGUGCGUACCAGGUGCUACUCACUGCUCACCCUUGGGACGGCCACACCAUCGUCGAUAAAAUCAUCGAGUUAGAUGAAUGCGUAUCCGGCGUGUGCUCCUGCGCACAUUCGCCUCGACUGCCGGCGCCUUCAGUGUCAGCUUUCGUGGUCUCCAUCAAGGGGGAACUCUUCGCUAACAUCAGCUGGACCCUCCCACCGCCUCGCUACCCGCAGCGGCUGCCCCGGGGCCUGGCCAAGCAGGGGUACUUUGUGAGCAUCGGCAAGCAGAUGGUGACUGACGCUCACCCGUCUCCCUGGUUUGCGAAUACCAUCUCCAGGAGAAUUGACGCUGACGGCCCAGUUGCUAACGGAGACAGUAUGAAGUGGCUGCUUCUGCCUAUUAGUGAUAGGAUAGAAAGGACUGAUGAGCAAGGACCUAGAAUCAAGUUGGAUGUGAAGCUGCUGGCGAGAGUCAACCUCGUUGACGAGAGAGGAUGCGUUGGACCUGCGGGGAAUACCACAGCAUAUGAUCCUGACGAGCCUGACAAAGUUUCAUAUGAAACUUAUACUCUCUGGGCAGUAUUCGGUGUGUGCGUGCUGGCAAUGGCGGCGAUGGUAGCGGUCGGCGCACGCGCGGUCAAACGUGUGUUACGCGUGUUCCGUCCCGCGACCGUGUCGGAUCCGGCACGGCCCCGGCAACUCGCCUGGUUCCCGAUGCAGCGGCGGCCAGACACCGAUGUGGGUCUAAGGGGCCAAUUUGAGCAGAGUCCACUAUAUGUCCACAAAGAAUUUGAGAGUGACGAAGAAGGUGACGAAUGGGAAGUGCGCCGAAGCAGGGUUCAGCUCGGGGCGUUGAUCGGGAGUGGAGCUUUCGGCAGGGUCCACGUGGCGCAGCUGGUCGUGCCCAGUGGGGACACCAUCACUGUUGCCGCCAAAAUGUUGUCAGAAAGCGCAACAGAGGAAGAGAUACAAGACUUCCACCGGGAGAUAACGAUGCUAAAGCACGUGGGGUCCCACAAGCAUGUGAUCAGACUCGUCGGCUGUUGCUCCAAGAGACUCCCCCUAAUUGCCCUCCUGGAGCACGCCCCUCGUGGCGACCUGCUGUCGUUACUGAGGGCCGCUAGAGGAAGACGGAAAGUGGAUCAAGGGACGGGCGUGACAAGGAGGGUAGAUAGCGAGAAUACGCCGAGGGUUUCCGAAGCAGACACCGAAUACACGAACAUAAGCGACGGGGAUGCAACCCUUAGUGAUGAUAAGCCCUGCAUCUUGGACCCCCCUAAAACUGCCCACCACUACGUGGCCGAACCAGCUCUGAAUCUUGACGGAGGGACUAUGAGGGAUUACGCUUUGCAAGUCGCUUUGGGGAUGAGACAUUUGGAAGGACGAGGAAUUACUCACAGAGACCUCGCCGCCCGUAAUAUCCUAGUCGACGGAGCAGGGGUCCUCAAAGUGGCUGACUUCGGCCUAUCCCGGACCGGCGUUUACGUACACACGCGGGCCAAUCCCGUGCCGCUGCGGUGGCUGGCCCCUGAGGCGAUCCUUCAUUCCCAGUACUGCACUGCGAGCGAUGUAUGGGCUUUUGCUGUUCUACUGUGGGAGAUUGCUACUCUAGGUGGUUUCCCGUACGCAGAACUAAGCAACCACCAAGUGCCAGCUUUCCUUGCUGGUGGCAGUCGGCUCCCCAAACCAGCACGCGCUUCCACUCGCCUCUACCAGCUCAUGAUCGAAUGCUGGUCAGCCGACCCCAACAACCGGCCAACGUUUGCCCAAAUAGUGGACAAACUCACGGCACAAAUACAACUCUACGUGGACUUGGAUUGCGUACUCCCACCAUCGGAGGAAGAUGUUUUUAGUGAAAACAAUUUCACGUCAUAGGUUUUGUAAAGACUGAAUAAUUUAAUUUUAGAUUUUGCACAGUAAAUGUUUG